AUGACAAGGGGUUACCCUGCACACCGUUUUGUACAAGCGUACAAUGGAUGGCAGAAACUCUUCGAUCCUUCUACGAUCGUGCAAAAACAACAAACUAUUGAGCUUACUACGAAGGACAAUUCCACAAUUUCUUUUCCCAUUGUUUGUCAUUCACUAUUUCAUUCUCAUUCUAUAGGCAUAUUUUAUACUGACAAUCCUGUUUCUCACUCCUUCACAUUCAUAUUGUUGAAUCUCGCUUUCAUCAGCAUCAUCACACGUUCUAUCAGAUUUCUUCUUAAGCCCUUAAGACAACCUCUUUUCAUAUCUCAGUUAAUAGGUGGAAUCAUCAUUGGACCUUCCCUUCUGGGGAGAAGUACAUGGUACGAAAGUCACAUAAAAACCGAGACAACAACGUUCAUAAUAAACAACCUUGGAAUAAUGGGAUUCGUCUACUUUAUUUUCCUUUAUGGUGUGAAAAUAGAUUUAGGUAUUCUAAAAAGAACAACGAAAGUGCAUAUAUCUACUGCAAUUGUUGGCAUUGUAAUUCCGACAGCAACAGUGUUGGCUGUGGCACUAGCGAUGAGAAAGAACAUGGACGAAAAUUUGGCAAAGCUUUCGUCACUAGGAUCAAUUGCGUCAUACUUGGGGACAUCAUCAUUCCUUACUAUCUACCAUAUCCUGGAAGAGUUUAACCUUCUAAAUUCAGAUGCUGGGCGAAUAUCAUUGUCCAUAGCAAUAAUUGGUGACUUAUUUGGUUUGUUUAUUUUCUUAGCGUUUGAUGCAGCACACAUGGGAGAAUUUGGGAUAAUGAGCGCGGUCGGGUUUAUGUUUUCUCUUGUGUUGAUCGUAACGUUCCUUUUAUUUUGUGUUCGACCUGCAAUGAUAAGGAUCAACAAGAAUACUGCUGAAGGGCACCCAGUGAAAGAAUACUUUGUAGUUGUGAUGCUUCUAGGGGCUUUUGUUAUGGGUUUGGUAACUGAUGCAGUGGGCAUGGCCGUUGCCACUGGACCAUUCUUUUUAGGGUUGGCAAUUCCAGAUGGGCCUUAUGUGGGAGCAACACUUGAAAAGAAAACCUCAGCAAUUCUGGGUGAUUUCUUUCUACCAUUCUCCUUUAUUAUGGUUGGAUCAUAUACUGAUUUCUAUUCCAUGACUGCUUCUGGUUGGUCCGCUUUAUCACCAUUGACUACCAUGAUCAUUGUUGGCUACCUUUUGAAAUUCUUUACCACUUGGAUUAGUUUGCAUCUCUUUCGAAUGCCAUUAAGGGAUGGACUGACCGUGAGCCUCAUCAUGAACUUAAGAGGCCUAACAGAACUUAUAUUGUUUGUCUAUUAUAUGGAACAAAGCUUCGUAAAGGUGCCGGGCUUCUCAUUGUUGAUAUUUAUGACAUUAUCAUUGACAGCAAUUUCUUGUCCUUUGAUCUCUAUAUUGUAUGAUCCAACAAAGCCAUACAUGGUGAACCAAAGGAGAAACAUUCAACAUCACCCUCCAGACAAAGAGUUCAGAAUAGUGUUAUGCAUUUUUGAACAGGAUGACAUACAUGGUCUCACUCAUCUACUUGAUAUCUCCAAUCCAACCGAAAACAUCCCUUUUUCAGUUUCAGUUGUUAGACUGAGUGAGCUCGUAGGUCGAGUCAACCCUUUGUUCAUAGACCAUGAAAAGCAACAAGUGCCUCCCAAUUAUCAAUGGAGUAGCACCAUACACGUGCUUGAACGUCAUCAAGAACUCAAAGAACCCUACAUGAAGUUUCAUUUCUUCACGGCUGUCACCCCAAAAAAGACCAUGUUCCGAGACGUAUGCGAGCUUGCCCUAGAACAAGAAGCUUCUUUGAUCAUCUUACCUUUCAACAGGAAUGUCCAUAACCAUAUGCAGUCGCAAGUCUUGAACAAUGCACCUUGCUCGGUGGCAAUUUUCGUUGACAAGGGUCUUCUUAAGACCAGUAACACCUUAGGCAGUUUUCAACGAAGUAAAUAUCGAUUUGCCGUGUUGUUUCUUGGGGGUGGAGAUUCUAGAGAGGCUCUUGUUUAUGCAGAUAAGAUGCUUGCUCGCCCUCAGGUGUCUCUCACAGUUAUAAGGUUUCUCACUCACAACUUUGUAGGGUACAACGAAAUCGAGAAGAAGCUUGAUGAUGGAAUUGUGACUUGGUUCUGGGUUAAGAAUGAGGCUAAUCAGAAAGUGGUGUAUAGAGAAGUGGUGGUUAGAAAUGGAGAAGAAACGAUCGCAGCGAUUCAAGCUAUGAAUGAUGGUGCUUUUGAUCUUUUGAUAGUGGGAAGGAAACAUGGGAUAAACCCUAUUCUUCUCACUGGUUUAUCAGAUUGGAUUGAAACUGAAGAGUUGGGACUCAUAGGAGAUUAUGUUUCUUCUGCAGAUUUUUUUGGCUCGGCUUCUGUCUUAGUUGUUCAACAACAAAUCUUAAGAGGCUAA